ACGCGAUGUUUACUUUCUUUACAUUUUCUAGUUACUUCCGUUUUUCGUCAAAGUCUUCGACUUUGAUUUUUCUUUCCGACUUUCGCCACUGGUAGGAUUUGGCUAUUCGCGACUGCAAAGUGCGAUAGUCGUUUAUUUUCUGAUCCAUUUUCGAACGUCCAAUAAAGAUGCACACCAAAGAUUCGAUCAAGAUAAAUUGGGCGGACGAAGUCGAGGACCACUUAGAAAAAACCACGCUGCCGCAGUCAAAAACCGAACAGGUGGGAAACAAUCGGAUCAUAACAGAAUACCGGUGGAACAAGGACGACAAGAAAGAAAAGGUGGUGCGCACCUACAAGAUCGAAAAACGACUGGUCUCUAAAACGAUAGCAGAGCGGAAAACGUGGCCCAAGUUCGGUGACUCGCGUAAUGACAAGGUUGGGCCAAAUAUUGCGACGACUAUACCUGCUGAAGAGAUACAGAUGCAGUUCUUGUCUGGCAAUGAUGACAAAGCUGAGGAAAACCCAUUGGAUAAGUUGAAGAAUGUGAACAUGAACAUUAAGUGUCGUACAUGUGGUGGCGAACAUUGGUCUUUCUCAUGUCAUCUCAAGGGCACUGGGUUGGUUGUUGAGGAUAAAAAAUUAGUGCAAGAGAAGGUGUCUGAGCCCGAAAAGAAUACAGGAACUAACAGGCCUUACAUCCCACCUUCAGCACGAGAAGGAGCUACAAAUACCGCAGGAAAACGAGAUCCUUACUCACGCGGUUAUGAUGAAGUACCAGCCAUUCGUAUUGAAAAUCUUUCAGAGAGCACAUCUGAAGCAGAUUUGAGUGAACUAGUCAGUAAGUUCGGGCAAAUAGCUCGAAUUUUCUUGGCUUCUAACAAAGUUACAGGCACAUGUAAAGGGUAUGCGUUCGUAAAUUUCAAAUCUAAAUUGGAUGCAGAACGAGCCAUCAAGGGCUUGCAUGGUUAUGGAUAUGAUCAUUUAAUAUUGAACGUUGGUUGGUCAACAAAUAACUAUAAAGCUGCAUAAAAUUCUAAUAUAUGUAAUGGAUGGAUUUUAAAAAUAUUUAAUUGUUAUAUAAUAUUAUAAUAAUAAUUUUAAAAGUCCAGUCAGUUAUUUAGUUGUCAACAAUAAAUUAAUAAUUGUCUGCAAUUUACAACUAAAUAAAUAUUGGCAAUUACA